AUGAGACGAACAUUGAAACGUGCUGUGGUAGCGACUCCUUUCUAUGCGAUCAACGAGAGCCAGGUUGUGGGCAAUGAAGAGGAAGACCCAGUCGCCGGACAAGUCCACUCCCUCGCCGACCAGGCCGGUCCCCACGCCGAAGACACUGACUUGGUCGCCGCCCGAGUCCAGCUCGGGCUCGAGCCCAAGGCGGCUGCCGGUGACGCCCUCGAUCUCGACCUCGACGGCACACAGGCGGGAACUGUCCGUUGCGUCACAGCUCCAAUGGUCUCCGGUCUUCAAGAGCGAGGCGUCAACCUAUUCAUCACUCGUUACAUCAGCGUGAGCGAGAACUUCUGCCAUCACAAAUAUGACUUCCUCUUCGACCUGUGGAGCCCUAGCGGCGCGAGUGAGGAGAGCGACUCAGUCCUGGCAAGUGUGACGGCCGUCGGCCUCGUCGGCGUCGCGCAGAUGACCCGGUCUCAGACUGCCCUCGAAGCAGCCAGGAAGAGCUACGGCAAGGCUCUGCAGCUGACGAAUGCGGCACUCCGGGACCAAGCAGAGGCAGUCAAGGACACCACCAUGCUCUCGGUCUUGAUACUCGGCCUCUUUGAGAUGAUUGGUGGCUCCAGUGCGAGGACCACCGAGGCCUGGCAGAAGCACCUUAACGGUGCCGCUGCCCUCGCCAGGAUCAGAGGCAUGGGGCAAUUCCGGUCCCGUGCAGGAAUCCGAAUGUUCUUCAUGCUCACUCAGAACACGAUGAUCAGCUGUAUCCAGAAUGAGCUGCCGAUGCCCAAGGAUCUGGUUGACCUGCGCGACCAGCUAGGUAGGAUGUUCAACUUGAACGGACGGGAACCCGGGUUUGAGAUCUGCAGCGUCAUGUACAAGGUGUUGCAGCUGCAGUACGAUAUCAAGCAGAACAUCGUCACCGACCUGGACGAGAUGCUGGACAAAUUCACGGAGGCGGAGGACGACUUCGAGAGGGUGGUCACUCUGUUCCCCGAUGAGUGGCAAUAUAGCAAAUACCGACUCACACAGCGCCUCCGGCCAGGCUUCUUCAACAACGUCUGCCAUUCUUACCCGAGCUUACGAGUAUCGACAAUAUGGAACGGGCUGCGGACGUGCCGCAUGCUCAUCAUCGAGACAAUGCUAGAGGAGCUUCGAGAUCGCUUCCGCCGUGUGCCAGUCGCCCAGGUGCCGCCCCGGCACCAAUAUGAGUACCAAAAGGCGAAAUUCAAGCUGGAGAGGAUUGCACUGGCAAUCCUCGCGAGCGUGCCCCAGCACUUCGGACUUGUGCCCUUGGACGGGAGCGCGCAGAGCACAUUUGCGCCUAUUCCGACCGAUGACGACGCCUGGCCGCAGAUACCCGACAACGGCUGGGGCGCAGAACUUGGAGAAGUCGGCGGCUCCGACCUCCUCGAGCCGGAUGAAGACGACAUCUGCCCAUCUCUCAACAAUGCCAUGCAAGUCAAGGACGUGGAAGCGAGUGCCAAGCGCUUCAUGCUCCUGUCCUCAGUGACCAACGGCCUGGUCUGGCCGCUUUACCUCGUCGGCAUGUCCACGGCCUCUUCGGCGGCGAUGAGAGCAUUUGUCGUUGAGAGGUUACAUGCCGUACACAACGAAACAGGCCUCGCACAGGCAGAAGACCUUGCGGCUGUCGUUGCGAGUCGCAAGCAGACCCCAGAAUCAUCAAGACGAAGGGCAACAGCCUGUAGCUCCACAGAUAUAAGAGAGUGGGGAAGUCAACACGCGAAAGGACAACGAAGGGCGACAGUGCUGCCCGUAUAA